ACAAAAUUUGACAGUAAAAGUAAACGUCAACAAACAUUUAAAUGACCACAUUGCCAUAACACUCCCCAAAAAAAGUUGAAAACAACCCCAAAAUGACGGACGUUAAGGUCGACGUGACCGGUGAGAUGGAACCGCCACCCCAACUACCCCCUGCGACCAGUUUAAAGAGCCUGUUGCAGAUUCCGACGCAGAUUCCCGACCCGAAAGAAUGGAUCCAACAGCAGCGGCAGAACGUGAGGCCGUGGCUCGUGUUCGUCCAAACGUCGAAUUUCAAAACGCCUCCAUCGAUACCCCGACUAGGCAAACGUAUCAUGAGAAACAUCGAGUACUUUCAGGCGAACUACGUGUUCGUGUUUCUCGGUCUGAUCGUCUAUUGUCUCAUUACUUCGCCCCUGUUGCUGUUCGCUUUGGCAGGCACAUUCUACGUCGGUUUCAGGCUGAGCAAACGCCACGCCGAAACCAAAACCGUCGUGAUGGGCAAGGAACUGACGUUGGCGCAGCAGUAUGCGAUUUUAUGGAUCUGUUCACUGCCAGUUUACUAUCUGGUCGGGGCACAUGGGGCCAUGUUUUGGGUUUUGGGUGCCUCCUUUUUCAUUAUCGGUUUGCACGCCAGCUUUUAUAACAUUGAGGCUUUAGUGCCCAGGCACGAAGACGGAUUUCCUCUUUUGGAACAAGUUUAAUGAUGCUUUAAUGGGCCAGAUUUUGUAUAAAUGCAAUAUAUUUAUGUUUUGUGGAUUAUUUUUUUGUAAAUAAAGUUUAUGACUUACUGUUUUUUAUACAUAA